UAGCUAUACCAGCAGGAAUACUAAGAAAUCCUUUUUUCAACAUACAUUCCCCUAUGUCAUUAAAUUUUGGCGGCCUUGGUACUAUACUGGGUCAUGAAUUGAUGCAUGCCUUUGAUAACGAUGGUACCUUAUACAACGCUCAUGGAGAAUAUUCGCCAUGGCUCACAACGAGUGCAAAAGCUUCUUUUGAAAAACUAUCUAAGGAGCUAAUCAACCAAUAUUCACACUUCAAAAUACCUGGUACUGGUCUAUAUGUUAAUGGUCAACUGACGCUGGAUGAAAAUAUUGCUGACAACGGCGGUAUUCAUGUGGCGUACAACGCCUUUUUGAAAUGGAAGUCAUCACAAAAUGUUCACUAUAUGUUACCUGGCUUGCCACUUUCAUCUGAUCAACUAUUUUUCCUCACGUUUGCCCAGAAUUGGUGUGCCCAUUUUUCAACUAGUGCUCUGGGGAAUCAGGUGCGUUAUGAUCCUCAUGCACCGGAUAUGGCAAGGGUGCUUUUAACAUUACGAAAUUCAAAGGAAUUUGCAGCUGCUUAUCGUUGUCAAUCUGGUUCGAAUAUGAAUCCUGCAAGGAAGUACCAUGUUUGGUAAAUCUUAUUCCAGUAUGAUAGAGAAUAACAGAUACAAUGAAUAUCAAAGAGACAUAUUUUUGGUAGAAACAGUGAACUUGCAGAAGGUUAGUGUCGAAUACAAUGCUGUUUUAUUGCCAUUCUUUUUUGUUUGAGCUGAACUCUGCAGAUAUGCGUUUUGCCCUUCGCCAUUUUGGACGUCGAUAAUGCACAAGAUACCAAUCAAACAUAGACCUGGUUCUAUCUAAUGCAGCCAUCUUCCAAAUCUAAGAACUUCGAACUGCCUUCGAAAUUAACAUUCCAGUAUCGUUUUUCUUAUUUCAACCUAUGACCAAAUGUGUUCUUAUAAGUUUAUGCCUAAAGCGUCAGUAAAAUUGUAUUCGA